AGGAAAGAUUGAGACGGCUUCAACAAAGACAUCUCGACACUUGAUACAAAAGUACACCUAAAAUGUCGAUGGGACUGGAAAUUGGGGGCAUUGCCCUGGGUAUUAUUGGUUGGAUAAUUAGCAUUGUGGCUUGUGCUCUUCCCAUGUGGCGUGUCUCGGCCUUCGUUGGCGCCAACAUUGUCACGGCGCAAGUAAUGUGGGAUGGUUUAUGGAUGAACUGUGUCGUUCAGAGCACUGGACAGAUGCAGUGUAAGGUCUACGACUCAAUGCUGGCUUUAGGUCAAGAUCUGCAGGCGUCCAGAGCCAUGACUGUCAUUGCCAUCAUCUUGGCUGUUCUAGGUGUGAUGAUCUCCGUCAUGGGCGCCAAAUGCACCAAUUGUAUUGAGGAUGAAGGUGCUAAGGCUAAAGUGAUGAUCGUCUCUGGCAUCAUGUUCAUUAUUGCUGGCAUCCUGGAUCUCAUUCCUUCAGCCUGGGUGGCAAACCAGAUCAUUCGGGACUUUUACAACCCGUUACUGCCCGGCGCUCAGCAAAGAGAGCUCGGGGCAUCCAUUUACAUAGGUUUCGCUGCUGCCGCUCUCUUAAUCAUUGGAGGAGCCAUGCUGUGCUGCACUUGUCCUCCAAAAGAGAAGAAGUACAAGCCGGCAAGAAUGGGCUAUUCUGCUCCACGCUCAGCCAGCGCUGGAUAUGACAAGAAGGACUAUGUUUAAAUCUGUAGAAGAAGAAAAAAAAAACAAAGACGGAUGAAAAGGGUGAACAUGCAUAUGAAAGGACUCCAUAAUGAAGGGAUGUGAUGCUGUUAAUAUUUGCUUUUCGUUGGUUUAAGACUUUGUGUGUGUAAGGGAUGAUGUCUAUCAGGGACUUUUUUGUUUGUAUUUCCUCUUUGACAUCAUUUUUAAUUUGCCUAUUUUUGUUUAGCUGUUUGCUUUGUUUGUGUACAUGGUGUCAAAAUGUAUCAUAAAUGAUUUGUGUAUUUCAGUAUGGAUAUCAACGCAUUCUUCAGUAAUUUCAGUCCUUCUACUUGAGCUAAAUUCAAAGCACUUCAGAUAUUUCAUCUUGCCUUCUGAUGUACUGAUCAAAAUUAAGUAACAUGAUGCUCUAAACAAGAAACAAAUAUCAAAAUGUUUUACAUUAGAUUUUUGCACUGUAAAACAAAAAUAACUACUAAGAAAAAAUGCCAUUUCCACAGUGAAGGUGCUCACUAGUACCAAAUGAUGGAUAACAGGAAGAGAAAAAACUCUUUACAUGUAUUUGCUUAUGAAAAUUUCAUGGGACACCGAAACUGAAUAUUUGUGUAUGAUUUAAGUUUCAGUUUUGUCUUAUCUUGAUGUUGCACACGACCAACUUGACUAUGUAUAGUUCCCUUAAAAACAUUUAAUACACUUCCUUUAUUGCUCAAAGAAUUUUUAUACAGAGUUUAAUAGCGCUCUUGGGUGAAUUUUCACAACAUUUUAAGUACUGUGACUAAUAUUUGUCCAUUGUGUGUCCUUUAUAUUAUUAAGUGUGUGUGGUAAUGUAAAAUGGUUCAUUGGUUGAUAUAUGAAACAAAUGGUCAGUUACAGUAAACAAAAGACUGCUGGAGCGGUUUUACCUGCUUUGGCCCUUUGUUCUUGAACCAGGGCAGUAAUAUGAACACGGUUUAUGAGAGAGACCACUCAACAGACAAACCUUACACAAGCUGUACUGUUUGCCAUAGGUGGUGCAGACAAAUCCAACCAAAACCGGUCUGGACAAACUUCUGACAAGAUGAGGGAUUGUGAUUGAAAGUAAACUUAAGGCACAAAAUGUUUACUUUACUAUGUAUAUCUGUAUUUAACUCCACUGUAAUUUCAAAUCAAACGUCAAUAAAAAAGCUUAAUUUA